AUGUGCAAAGCCUACGACAGAGUUGAAUGGGUUUUUCUGCAGAGGGUUAUGGAAAAGUUGGGGUUUUCGAAUGGUUGGAUAGGUAGGAUCAUGAACUGCAUCUCAACGGUUUCUUUAUCUUUUAAGGUGAAUGGAGAGGUGUAUGGGAAUGUGAAGCCUACCAGGGGGCUAAGGCAAGGAGAUCCUAUUUCUCCAUAUCUGUUUAUUUUAUGUGCUGAUGCGUUUUCAGAAUUAUUAAAUAAAUCAGCGCGUGAGAAAAAGCUACAUGGCACAAGAAUGAUAGCCUCCUAUUUGCGAACAACAACGCAAGAAUGCUCCAUUAUAGUUGAUAUAAUCAGGGUGUAUGAGAGAGCGUUGGGCCAGAAAGUAAAUCUAGAUAAGACGGAAGUUGCUUUUAGCAGAGGUGUGCCGGUUGAUCGAAGAGGUGAAAUUGUUAGAACCUUGGGUGUUAGGGAGGUGGAGAAGCAUAAUAAGUACCUGGGUCUGCCUACUAUUAUUGGGAGAUCAAAAAAAGAAAUUUUUGCUAGACUAAAGGAAAGAUUAUGGAAGAGUUUAAAUGUGUGGAAUAACAAGUUACUCUCAAAGCCUGGCAAAGAAGUCCUCAUUAAAGCAGUGGCCCAAGACAUACCAACUUAUAUGAUGAGCAUCUUUAAAAUUCCAGAUGGUGUUAUUGAUGAGUUUCAUACGAUGUUAUUUGGGGAUGGCCGGAGCAUAAAGAUUUGGGAGGACCAGUGGAUAAGCCGAAAUGGGAAACCCAGUUGCUUAAUGAGUCCAGCAGACAAUCCGAGUGUGUCUUGGGUUCACGAGCUUAUAAAUGAAGAGGGGACUGCCUGGGAUUGUCAACAAUUGGAGAGGGUAUUGGGCUACGAGGCGCAGUAUGUGAUGCCUAUACUGAAUGCUCAAUAUAGGGGCCCUGACUUAAGGUACUGGUAUUACACAAAAACUGGGUAUUACACGGUAAAAUCUGGUUAUUGGCUAGCUCGCUCCCUUGGCAGUACGAGUACAACAAACCAGGCUCAAAACAAUUGCUGGAGACUGAUAUGGCGAACGAGGCUUCCCCCAAAAAUCCAGCACUUUCUAUGGAGUGCCUGUAAAGGAAAUUUGGCUGUAGGUGAAAGGCUUCAACAAAGGCAUAUCUCUCAAGGGCAACGUGCAGGCUGUGCAGAUGCACCGACGAACUCUUUCGCUGCUAGGUGGCUCUGGUUGGGGGAAAGAAUUGGUAAGGAGGAAUUGACCAAGGUUGCUACUCUAUGUUGGGCUGCGUGGCGGUGUAGAAAUAUGGCGAUGUUUGAAGAAUCCAGCCCAAAUGCUGUGAUGCUUGCUACAAAUUUCUGCAAGUGGUCUGAGGAUCAUUUUGUUUACAAACAAAGAGUGCAGCAUACAACUGUGGUGAAUUCCUCUCUAUCUACUACGAGAUGGGUUUGCCCUCCUACUGGAAUGUUUAAACUAAAUGUGGAUGCUCAUGUAGCAGGCGGCGGAAAUGCUAGGUUAGGGGUGGUGAUUAGAGAUGAGGCUGGCACAAUUGCCUUAACAGCUACGAAAAGAGUGGUGGCGUCUGAUGUGGCAACUCUCGAAGCACGGGCGGUAAGGUUCGGCAUGAAUGUGGCGUUGCGGUUCAACUUUGGGUGUCUUUGGGUUGAAUCAGACUCUCUCAUAGUGAUUAAUUCUGUAGAAGCAAACCGGGGCGGCAUCACUCCUCUCUGCUUGGUGAUUACAGACAUUUUAAAGAUCAGAGUUUUAUUUAAUGUUUGUGUUUUCUCUCAUGUUAAAAGAAACGGGAACAGUGUUGCCCAUCUUGUUGCUAGAGGUGAAAUGGGUUGUGAAUCGGAACUAAUCCGUUUAGACUCUUUCCCUCAAAGUGUUGUAACUUUGGCAAAUUUGGAUCUCGUUUAA